GCGAUGAUGGCAGACGAGUUACUUGGCGCUGUGUUGGCUCCUUUUCCCAGGCAUCGCCGGAUGGGCUUCGGAAGGUCCUGGCGACUGGCUCGAAACACCCGGGAGCAUGGUACCGUUGUGAAUACGACCGGUGAUGUGUAUCGCAUCGAUCUGGAUGUGCAACACUUUUUGCCGGAAGAGCUGAGCAUCAAGACCGAAAACAACGUGAUUGUCGUGGAGGGAAAACACGAGGAAAAGUUGGACGAGCAUGGUUCCGUUUCGCGGCAGUUUCAAAAUCGAUACGUGUUGCCUGAUGAUUUCAACCCAAACGAUGUAUCUUCUUCGCUAACUACCGAUGGAGUCCUCACUAUAAUUGCUCCGAAGAAAACAUUGAUGGAAUCGGGAAUAGAGAGAAUUGUUCCUAUAACACUGUGCGAGGACAUUGACAGGCCGAGUACCUCGGGAGAAGGUUCACGGAACGAUCGAGGCUGAUCGCGUAUGUUGAAAACGUUAGAACAUAAUAACUUCGAAUGGCGUUUGGUAGAGUUUGCGCUAUAGCUGGAAUAUUUUCUGAUUUAGCUCCUAUUAAAUGGUCGCCUUGAAAAAUAGGAGGUCCUGUGACAAAGAUGCAAAGCAUACAAAAUGUAGGAACUCAAACAAAAAUUUCUCCAACGUAAAGGAAAAAAAAACCUUUUGCGCAAAUUCUUCCACCAAUCAGUUGCCUUUAGUCAACGUAACGGUGCAAUCAAUAGUAAUGCCUUACUGUAGAAAAAAAUAAAGUUCCUUUAAGUACUA